GAUACGGAAAACAACCAAACUCGAUUACUAGUGUUUUGCUUUGGUUUUGCUGCUCAGUGCUGUUUUGGAGUGAGAGCCAAUUGUUAUUGCGAGUUAAAUUCGAGGAAAAUUGUAACACUGGGAAAAGAUAAUUGGCAUCCGUGGUCUCCUCCACCACGCACCCCAAUUCUGUAAUUAAUGGAGCUUUGCACGUCUUCUGUUCCAACUUGAUUUGCUUUCCACACUGAUAAAAAGUAAACGCAAUCGCGCCACAACGCCGUGACCUUCGCAGGAGCACCAGCACCUUUUUUUCAUUGUCAGUGUCAAGCGGGAAAAAAUCAAUGGAGGACCUGACGCCACUGACGAACCUUCAACAGUUUUGAGUUCCAAGAUUAUUAUUUGCACAACUGACCAAAAGCCGAGUACCGACACGACUACAACAAAUCAAUAUACUUAUAGUACAAACACCCACAAUCUCACUUUGGGAUCCAUCUAAUUUGCGAUAUUCUCUUUUUCCGAGGGUGCGCCGCGCAAGAAAAAGAUGACGGAACGCCAGCCGCUGCUCCUGCAGAGUGACGCCUCCGACUACGAGGGCAGCCGAGGAUCGGCGGCUCGACCCGUGCGGAGCUCUCCGCCGGACAACACGCUGGUCAACGUGCACAGCGAGGACAGCCUAGCAGUGCACGCAGCAGCCUCGGGAUCUGGAGAUGAGGAGCACGGCGCGACGGACAAGUCCAGCUACAACCCCACCCACCAUCGCACUUUGGAGCACCCGACGUCCAACUUCGACACCCUGGUCCAUCUGCUGAAGGGCAACAUUGGCACGGGCAUUCUGGCCAUGCCGGAUGCCUUCAAGAACGCCGGUCUGUACGUGGGCCUCUUCGGCACCCUGAUCAUGGGCGCCAUCUGCACUCACUGCAUGCACAUGCUGGUCAAGUGCUCCCACGAGCUGUGCCAGCGUUUCCAGCAGCCGGCCUUGAACUUCUCGGAGGUGGCGUACUGCAGUUUUGAGUCGGGACCGCUGGGGCUGCGCAGGUACUCGACUCUGGCCAGACGGAUCAUCACCACGUUCCUGUUCAUCACCCAAAUCGGCUUCUGCUGCGUCUACUUUCUGUUUGUGGCGCUGAACAUCAAGGACGUGAUGGAUCACUACUACAAGAUGCCCGUGCAGAUCUAUCUGCUCAUUAUGCUGGGCCCCAUGAUCCUGUUGAAUCUGGUGCGGAACCUCAAGUACCUGACGCCCGUUUCGCUAAUCGCCGCUCUUCUCACGGUGGCCGGUCUGGCUAUUAGCUUCUCGUACAUGCUGCAGGAUCUGCCGGAUGUGCACACGGUCAAACCGGUGGCCACCUGGGCCACGUUGCCGCUCUACUUCGGCACCGCCAUCUAUGCGUUCGAGGGGAUUGGCGUGGUCCUGCCCUUGGAGAAUAAUAUGCGCACUCCCGAGGACUUUGGCGGCACCACGGGUGUCCUCAACACGGGCAUGGUGAUUGUGGCCUGCCUUUACACAGCGGUCGGGUUUUUUGGCUACCUGAAGUACGGCGAACAUGUGGAGGGCAGCAUAACCCUAAAUCUGCCGCAGGGCGAAACACUUUCCCAGUUGGUGCGCAUUUCCAUGGCGGUGGCCAUAUUCCUCUCGUACACUCUGCAGUUCUAUGUGCCCGUAAACAUUGUGGAGCCCUUUGUGAGGAGUCACUUUGACACAACCCAGGCCAAGGAUCUGUCGGCCACUGUCCUGCGAGUCGUUCUAGUCACGUUUACCUUUCUUUUGGCCACCUGCAUUCCCAAUCUGGGCUCCAUUAUCUCGCUGGUGGGAGCUGUGAGCAGCUCAGCUUUGGCGCUCAUUGCCCCGCCAAUCAUCGAAAUUAUUACCUUCUAUAACGUUGGCUACGGGCGCUACAACUGGAUGCUGUGCAAGGACUUUCUCAUCCUGAUCUUCGGACUCUGUGGCUUUGUCUUUGGCACCUGGGCCAGCUUGGCUCAAAUCCUAAACGACAGGACCCACUAAAAAUGAUGUGGGCAAAAACGAAAACGAAAACA